AUGAAGAAUUGGAGGGAAUUGGGCGAAGUGCCGGGUUCGGACGAGGACGACGACAGCAGCUUCGACGACGAUGAUAUCGAUAUCGACAAUCUAGACCAAAUCAUUACCGAGGCCGAGUCGCCAAGCAUCAAGCUUCCCGAAAGCGCAGUUGUCAGUUCCGCUCGAAACGGUGGGAAGGAACAUGAUAAUUCGCCAAGCGAAGGGGAGAAAAGCCCUGCGACGGAAGAUGUCGACAUCCUACAAGCGCCCCAGGACGAGCCUCAACAUUCGGAGAAGCCAAAGCCGGCUGUAGACGAUAUAUGGGAUAUCCCAAGCUCUCCAAUUACACGAAACUCGGCCAAGCCAACUCCAGCUCCUCAACCCGUGAACGAACCUCCGCGCAAAGCGAGCCCUGUACCAAGCGAAAAGCCCGAUGAUUCGGAAGACUCCCCGUUGUCUCCUGCGAAAAGCGACAUUUGGUCUUUAUCCUCUCUAUCUCAAUCCCAAGAUGCGACAAACACCGACUUGCCGGUUCUGGAGGUUAGGAUCCCGCAGACGAUUCCUGGAAGGGAAGCAUACGUGAAGGAAGAUAUAUCCAAGAGUCCAGUCAGGGAGGAUCCUACUCCAACCCCUUCGUCACCCUCCUUAGACGGUACGAUUUCACACAGACCACGCCAAGUCUCGCAAGCUAGAUCCGAUCAGCCCCGAAGUGAUGGUUCUACGCUGGAUGAUAUAGAAGAUGGUGCUCAGAGGACAGGACGACGCUCGCUCCGCCCCCGGAAGCCUAUCCAACAACAUCCAUAUCUCCUGGAAAAUGUUCGGUACGCAAAAGUUAUGAAGUUGCAUGGCAUCAAACCUAUCAAGGUGGUCUUGGAAGAUUCUCAACGUAAAAGGAAGGUUCAUGAAGAGGACUCGCAAGAGCAGGAUUUCGUUGGUGAAGAGAGCCAAGAGACAACUCGCGGUGAGCCUACACAGGUCACAGAAGAGAGCGGGCCAAUUCUUUGGGAUGACGAUGAUGAGUUAGCCCUAUCGCCUUCGCCGCUAAAGACGUCGUCCCCCGCUCGCCAUUUACGUGCUAGUAGCGUGUUAAAUAGUGGUAACCAGACGGACAUUACGGCCCUAUCCGAUGCGGAAGAGUUCCCCGAUUUAGACAGUCUCCUAUCCAGACCUUCCGAGGCAUAUAAAAAACCCCUCAAGCGACAAGCCUCGACUCUUCUGUCAGCGCAGCGCAAGAAACAGCGGACUGCAUCCAAGUCCUCACUAACUGCUUCUCCAAUUGGACGUUUCAGGAUACCGCCAGCAUCGAUAUGGGACCUCUCACCGUCUCCAACUACGCCACGGGCGCCUGUCGAGUCAUCACAGGAUUUGGGGCUUGCGCAACGGCCGGACCUUCGGAGGCUGACAAGAUCCCCUUCGGCCUCUCAUGCAGAACCUGUACAGCCCAUCGAAUCACGUCAAGAACCGGUCGGAUCACCCAUCUUUAUCAGAGAUGAUAGCGACAGUCCUGCGCAUGAAGGGAGUGAUAUGGAAUCUUUGGCUUCGUCACAUCACUCAGACAGUGAAUCGGAUGUGAUUCGCGAGACUAGUCGAAAAAUUCGUGGUGUACUGCCAGCAUCAUGGCUGCGACUGGACCAGAAGAAAGAUGGGCCCACUGCUCGCCACAAUACCAGAAAGGAUCAUGACCUCCCAAUAGAUCGACUCAAUCGAAAAGGAGUUGCUUUGCCAAAACAAACAUCCCCAAAAAGACUGUCUGCGACCCAGUUCCCGUUUGACUUGGCCGGUGAAUCGGAAGAAGAGGCAACUCAAGCCCAAAACAGACCGCCAAUUAGUCGAUCUAGCCCUACACGACCUACUCGUCACGUCAUAACUCUAGAGGAUGACGAUGACGGCUUCAUGAUCGAAGAGGACUCCAUCGAUGCUAUGUUAGCUGGACGAAGGAAGAGGGCCGGUUCUCCCAGUCUGUCACGGGGAGCAAAGAAGCCAAAGAGUAGUAGUAAAGCCACUCGACAACCAAAGAUAACUCAGUCAUUCUCUAGGUCAAAGAGUGGCUCUGGCUCAUUGCCGCCGGCCAAGGGCACAGUGAAAACCUACCGCAAACCCAGGGCUGGUACCUCUACGAAACCAAGCUCCAGAAAGAGAGCAGCAACUCCGCCACUUCUCAGUAUCUUGGACGUCAUUGAACCUAAUGCUCCAAAGUUCCUCAAGAUCGCAGCCCGCUCAGUCAAGAAGAGGUCGGAUUUGGGAAAGAGCAGUCCGACCAAAAAGGCUAUCCGAUUCGGUAACCGACAAGAUAACAUUGAUGCACUCUCUACUCUUCGGGACUGGAAAUCUGGCAAGACACGGCCGCGAGUUGCGGCGCCGCCAAGGAAGAAACCCGCGUCGAAGUCUACUAGAGCAGUCCUUGGGGAGGUAUCCAACAAUGUGGAGCGCCAACCUUCAUCGACUCAACUGCUGCCUUCCUCACUUCUUCCACGAAAGCUGGUUGUCAAGAAAGCCAGCGUGGGGAAACCCGUGACAAACAACGUCGAUGGGCCUGGGUCAAUGUCCAGACAGCCAUCACGAACUACAAUUCAUGAACGCGGUCCGGUCAUACGACAAGCACAGCUGGAAACGAGCAUAUACGAGGAUCCGCAGAAACGGCUUAAGAACAAGAAGCGAUCCCUUGAUGCUCUAUUUAGGCAAACCCGAAAAGCCCAGAGCGCACCGAGCCUUGAUCGCUUGCAGCCUAUCCUUGACAAUGGCAGAGCAGCAUCGCCAGAACCAUUCGCUUUGGAAGGGCAGGUCGAUUCUGUCACCGAGGUGGCACCAGCUGUUCCUAAGAUCAAGGCCGCAAACGACAAGUCCCGUUAUCGCAAGAGACGAGCGCCUCAGCAUGUCGAUGUUGAAGCACCGCAGUACACUCGAGCAGAUGACCCGUUGCCUACCGCGUUUGCCGUAGUUGAGGAGCAGGCCAAGCAAAAGGACGUUGACAAACUCAAUGGGCUGGGGCCGUAUGGCACACAAUAUACUCACCACUUUGAGGUGUUCCCCCUUGAUCAUGGUACAUUCUUCCAUGAAAGCACCACCAUUGGACGUGGCUAUGUUAAGAAGGCAGUCGAGCCCGGGUUUUCAGAGAAGAUUCGUCGACCAAGGCCAGCCGUGUCUUUUCUCUUUCAAGGGCAGUCUCUAAACUGGGGUGUGUGGGAUGAUCAAGUUUCGUCAGAGCUUGGUAUACUUGUCGACUGGGUGGCGGAGCAGCUCGAAGCCGGAAGUAAGGAUGAUGCGGAAUUCGCAGGUCGACAAGCCACUGAUGCAGCUAACUAUCUUCUGGAGUAUGUCCUUGAUGCACUUCGGGUUCAGGAUGACAUCGGAGAAAAGGCAUUCUUGUCCAGGUGGUUGGAGGUCAUGGCGAGCUUUGUUGGCCGGUUCGAAGCGCUUGACUGGCGGCCAUUGCGUGAGCAAACCAAAAAGACGGCUCUGGAUAUAGCUACCCGCUUGUCCCUAGCAAUGCUCCCAGUAUACAUGAUGGCACAGUCGUCUGGCGACGACCCCAUACAAAGCAUGAAGCUUGAAGGGCUUCUUACUAAGCUUUGUAGAAUUGCUAUCACUGGAGCGCUGAGCUGUGGACUUGAGGAUGUUAGAACUCUCUAUGGAGAGCUACAGCGUCCUUCGUUCCGAGAACGCGGUAUUAGGCCGAAUCAGGUGCUCGCUGUAUGCUGGGUCGUUCUUAUGCAAACCCUAGAAAGCGCCGGUAUUCCGCGGAGUACGUUCUGGGAUGUUGUCCACUCAGCCAUGCUCACGCCUGAGAUCGUGUCCGGCUCGGAUGCCCAGGUGUUUGAGCGCCUCUGGCAGGACAUGUUCACCCUGUUGCCUCUGGGCGAAAUCGACCAGAUGGGUAUACUGCUUCCAGGGUUGAGAAACACCGUUCCUUUGGAGGGCUGGACACUUCCUCAAAAGCUUAUGAAGCGCGUGUUCGAGCUGUACAAGUCCAAUCAGCGCCAGUCACCUAGUUUCAACGAGUAUUGCCGGGCUUUGAUCGGCCGCUGCUACUUCCUGGUUCAACAAUGGGGUUGGCGCAGAUGUACUGGAAUUAUCGGUACCAUCUUUGAUUUUUUCGGCUCGCAAAAUCUCUGCCAUCUGAGGAAUGAACAGGUCUACAAGUCUCCCCGCUUCCUGGAAGAGCUCGCUAACAAUCCUUCUCUGGCCAUUGAGCCCGAAGACCGUUGCUUCCACAUCUUCAUUAAACUGUUGGCUCUCGCCAUUCAACACCUAAGGCAACUUGGGCGGACAAAGGAUAUCCGAAACCUUGUCACAAGGACACUUCCCAACCAUGACCGACAAUACCUCAAAGAGGACACAAUACAUGAACGUGAUCUUGCAGCCUUGAGAAACCAUCAUGAUCUCCUCUGCACGCUGUACUGGGCUGCCCCGCCGGAUCUUAGGCCGCGCGUUGACCUGAUCGAGCGACUAAUAACCCCUAGCAAUGCUCACAAGGAGGCUUGCUUGAUCAAUAUCCGAGCCUGGAGUCAGCUCGCUCGCCUCGUCGUAGCUAAUGGAGAGGGUGGCGCUGCGUUCAGGCCGUUUAUCACAUGGAGGAACAACGUGUUCAACCAGAUCCUAGACCAGUAUAUGUCUGCGGAGUCCGAUAUCGAGCAGCAGUUCAGGGCGCUGUCUGCGGAGAAUAUGCGGAGUAUUGAUGCAGCAUGGCGGGAAGAACUGAUUACCAAAAAUAAAGCGACGGCCCUGGACAUUCUUCACACCUCAGCCAGAGCAUCUCUGGAUGUGCUCAAGCAGGCAAAGACUCUUGAGGCAGCCAUCUACACGCUAAACGUCACCCAGCUGCAAAAGAUGUGUACUACCCUGCACUUUGGCUCUCCGGGAUUUGAUUGGGGUAUUCUCAAUGUGGCACUCGAUACUCACGCGCACUUCCUGGGCUGGAUUGAAAAGUCUUCCGAGGAGCAGUACUCGAGCAAUGAGUCCAGUGCGGAUAUUGACCCGCGUCAGUUGGAGGAUGCCAUUUUGCUGCUUCAGGAGAAGCUCACUAAAGAGUUCUUUUGGAUGGCUAGGGAAUUACUUGCCUUGCCACUCAAGGCAUUCACAACCUUUGGUAGGCAAACCGAGCAGGUCGCAUGUACCGAGAAGACGGUGACGCUGGCUGCCAAACUAGCUGCCCGAUUCAUCCAGGAGCGAGUCACCCAGGUGUUGCCCUAUUUCCAACCCGGUAAAUAUGGGCUCUUCCCCGACAUCCCCAAAAACAUGAGCGGUCCAGAGAGGAGAUGGCUCCCCCUCUUCAUCGCCACACUUGUCAAUAAGAACGUCUUCGACUUUAAAGACAUUGAAACGAACAUCCUCUCCCUCUGGGUCCAGUGCAUCAUCAAGCCCAUGCGCUUCCUCGGCUAUGAGACCUACCUAGCCGAAGUCCUUCAGCAGCGCGGCCUCCCUUUUCUCGCAGAGGCAGACGUCUCAGCCGGCAUGACACCAGACUACAACAUCCAUUUAGAUCUCUUCUCCCGCGCGAUCCACUAUAUGCGUAAGGCUCUCCGCGGCGGAGCGACUACACCCGCGCCAUGCGCCACUUCAUCGGCAUCUACAGCAGGAUCAUCAUCCGCCCAGUCUAUCCGCCGCCAAAGAGAAGAAUUCUCCCACACGCUCCAACUAGCCAUGACCAACAUCAGGAAAGACCUUUUUCUCCUCCGCUCCCUCGCCCUCUCAGACCCCACAGCCUCCUCCACAGAAGAACACAAAGACUACAUGGCUUUCACUCACGGGCUCAUCUCGCUCAUCAAAUCGCACGGCGUCGGCAUCGUCGUCGUCGACUCCUUCUUCCUCACUCCCUCCGACUCGUACUCCCCACCCUUGCAAGACCCACAACUACACACGGCGGGGAUCAUGGCCUACGGCGUCCGCCUGUCGGAGAAGGACGUGCCUGCGGCGUCGCAGCUGUUUUGGUACUUGUUCAACAACUUCAAAGUGGCGCUGGCUAACGAUGGGCUGAAGGAGGAGAGAGGAAUCCUGGAGCGGGCAUUGGGGGAUGAUAAAGUGACGGGCGGGAAGGAGUUCAUGACGUUCAUGCUGGAGGUGAUGCUGCCUGUUGUUGUGCAGGUUGCGGGCAGGGUAGAUGAACAAGAUGGAGAGGGCGAGUUUGGGUCGGUCUUGCUGGAGUGUUAUGCUGGGGCGGUGGUCGGGGUGUUGACGAGGAGUUGUGUGCCGAGGGAGUUGAGGGGGGAGGAUGUGGAGGUGCAUGUCGUUGAGGUGUUGAGGAGCGUGGUGUGGUGGUGUGAGGAGAUGUGGAGGAAGAGAGAGAGGGGAACGGAGGAGGUGAAGAGGAGGGAUUUGGCGCUGUUGAAUCAACUGGUGGGGUUGUGUGUCGCUUUGCAACCGAGUAUCAUCCCGGCGGUGAUUACUCUUGGGAGUAACAAGAAGAAGGAACAGACGGCACAAAGAGAGGAGAAGGUGAAGGUGUUGGUGGACAUGGUGGAGGUGGUAUCCAAGUUGUUUGAUGGAGCGAGGGCGUGUAUCCGACGGUUCCUUUUCUCGGAAACGGAGGAUUGGGCUGAUGUUGCAGAACGCCCUGGUGUGGAGGCCUUGACCGGAUUUAUUCGAGUCGAAUGUCUUUUGGAGGGACUACCUCCUACACCUUCCUCCCAGCAGGCGAGGGUCAAUCCACGUAUGCAGGGCCAUGUCACUGCUAUCGUCAAAGAUAUGUCGAACAACUGGAUGAUAUCCGAUGGUCGGGUCACUACACGGUUCACUGCUGCCGGUGGUUCCACGAGAGUUCCUGGGCAGCAGCAGCGUUUAUCAUCAAGCACGCAGUCUACCACUGGUGCCACUCCUGCUAGAAGCCAGGGGACGGGCUACACAGUUAGGGACAGAGAGGAGCUGCUGUGGGAUCUGUAUGCCCGGCUUGGGGAAUGGAGGCUGGGUGAAGGCUCUGAUGAUAGACGUGGUUACCGGAUGGAGAGAAGGAGAUUGUGGGAUGACGAAAUGUUUAUGUUUUAG